AUGUGCGCGACGGACUUUACGUGCCCCCGCUCGUCCGUGGCGUGGGCCAGCGGCUCCUUCACUGCAGGAGAGUUGCUCACGCCGCACAGUCUCUCACUGCCGGUUGCUCUGACGCUGAAGCUCAGCCUGUGCUGCCAGUACAGGUUCGAUGGCACGCUGCUGCGGAGCGCGGAGCUGUAUGACAUUUUUCUUCAAGAGCUGCUGCGGGCCUCUCCGUUCCAAGUACUAAGCGCAGCCGAGAAGCGGGAGCUGUUCCCGCAGGCGCUGAUCUUUGCCGUCGACACUUGGGGCCGCCGGCGAGUGUACAACACCAGCUACGUCCUGACAGACGCGGAUGUGGCAGAGGACAACGAUGGAGAUGGUGAUGUGCUGGUACUGACAACAGGCGCUCUCUCCCCAGUGGCGCUGCUCAAGUUGAUAGCAUCUUCCCCAUCGCUCUCUGCUGGCGGAAGGAGUGGAUUAGACUCCAACCACGAGGCGGCCGCGGCUGAUCCGGCAUUUGCAGCGCGGACCGACGCUCGCGCUGUGCCAACACCCGUAAAGGUGGAAGCGGAGAGCAGCGAGCCGGCGGGCACGGCACUGCUAGCGCCGAGCACCGACAUGCAGCUGCACAUUACGAGCCGCGUUCUAAAAUGUAAGUGCCCGCACAUGCUGACUGUAAUGCCGCCGCUGCACCUGCAGCGAGAUGCGCUGCCACCGAUCAGCAUCGUAGGGCUUGGCUCUCACUGCGGCGUUCCAUCAUCGUCAAACAGCACCGACGGCGCCGAUGUGCGUAAGUCGGCGCGGCCGCCGUUUUCUGCGUCGCAGCACAUUCGUAGGGUCCGUGGCGCGGACGGCACCAUUGCUUUCGCUGUUUCCUUCGAGGUCACCCCGCCAGUGCCGCCCACCUCGCUGGUGACUUGGACGGUGCGCAGCGUAGUCGCGGAUGGCAAGGAGGCCGGCAGCGCCGCCCCACUGGGGGAUCGGCUUUGGAGUGAUAGACAUCAUAGCGGUUGCAGCAGCGGUCCCAGAACUCCCCCCACGUACAGUCCGCUCAUCUUGCGGCACUCACGGCUGUUGCCAGUACCACACUACUCUGCUAGCAGCACUGGCGGCGACAUUGGGUCUUCUGCGGUAUCGACCUCAACAGACAGUCGCCUUCACAGCUCUGCUUCUAGUCCGUUCUUUGCUGUCGAGCCGAACGUGCGCUAUGAAGUCUCCGUGCGUAUCUCGCGCCAGCCGCUCGGUCCACCUCUUCUCGCCCGCGGGGCCAGAGCUUUGGGCGAAGAUCCGGGACAGGGUGAGCCUGCGGUGGGUUUCAGCGCUGCUGAGACUUCCUCCUGGCUAUCUGCCGCCACCGCGUCGACUGAGCGCGUGGCACAUGGCCAUUUCGUCCUUCGACUGCCGUUGAACCGCACAUGGGCGCUGCCGUCUGUCCACCCUGCGCCGCACUUCGGGUUUCGACGCUCCAUGCGACUGACUAACCACACGAUGGCACAUCCUGCCGUGAUGGCCGCCCUCGACCCGUACUGCCCACUACACUCCACCUCCCCCACGUCAUCGUUGGAGUCUGCUGAUCGUACGAGCACUAAGGCCAGCGGUGCUGGGUGGUUCAGUGGAGCUGGACACGGCUCGGUGAGUGGUGGCAGCAGGGGCGCUGUGCUCGGCCGCCAGCGGCCCUUGGCCUACUACGGCUACUGGGAGAACGCACCGUUGCGCGAUCAGCCGCUGCCACAGCAUCCCACUCGCGUGCUGGCCAAUCCGUACACAAAAACGUCCGCGCCGGCUCGGAAAGCCGACGACACCGACGGGGACGGCGAGGACGGCAGCGCAUCGGUGCCUCUCUUCCUCGGCCGCAACCUUGUCGCCUACCUUGUGCGCGACGUCGAUGAUGUCUGCGACCCUGUCGUCCUGGAGAGGCGCGAAGUGUGGGCGGUUCAGGCCCACAUCACCACCUCUGGGCCGACGACGGCGUGCGGGGCGCAUCAGGACGUGUCGGCGCUGAUUCUGCGGCAACUGCUCAUGCGAAUGCGAGUGGAGCCGAGGCUGGAGGUUACCGUGCCAAAUACAACGUGGCUCGCCGGCCCAGGGCGGCUCGCAGAGGCAGCGCGCGAGGGGUCCUACCGCUGCGAAGCACGCAGCAGCCUGCAGGCUACGUCGAUGACAGCGAAGGACACGGGCGCCGCCUCGCUGGCCUUGUGUGUCGCGGUCCCCGAUGCGCAACGGGACGUCAGCGAGGUGCAUGCCUCUGUGCGCAUGAGUCAUCGUGGCGUGUACGAGGUGGUGUGGGUGGCGCGAGUUGCCGUGCGCGAGGAGAGGCUGAUCGGUACGGCCAACCUGGACCCACUCUACACCAGAGUCGUCCCUGCGAUUCCGAGUGCCGAGGCGCCAUCCUCUGGACUGUUCAUUGUAGAGGUCUAUUCUCGCCCGCUACUGGUGGUACACCGUCUGGCGAGCUACCCGCGCGUGGUUGCUGUGGAGCUGCCUAUGCAUGCACGUCGCUGGGUGGUGUCGGCUCCACGUGCCCUCGCAGACGCCACAUCGCCGCUCGCAGCUUCUUCAACGUCUCCCGCAGCUCUGCAGCAGCGCCAAAGUGCUCCCCGUGGCGGCGGCAGCAGCGGCGCAGAUGUUUUGAGCGACAACGCACCCACCGGCUACUGGCGCUCGCGCCCCCCGCUGCGCAUCCUGUCAGUGGAUGAGCAGCUCACAGCGGUGCUGGACACGAACAGCGUACCCAAUGUCCAACGCAUGCUGCCGAACGGCACUCUCGAGUUUGUCGCGCAGGACACUGGCGAAGCACUGUCGCUGACCGCCGUCAUCGACGGAGCGGUGCACUCCUUUGCCUACACGUCGCAGUGCCCUGACACGCACGUCGAGUACCAGAUCUACGUGGUUGCCCUCCCACCCCCGCCCAUAGUGCCGGCGUUUGCGUCCAUCUACACGGAGGAGGGGUGCGUGCUGCUCGUGGCACCGCGUGAGGUGCUUAAGGAUGAGGUAGCGGAAUGGCGCGUGCCUCCGUGCGUGUCGGCGCGGCACCCGCCGUACCUGGUGGAGCGCACUAUCUCGGUCGAGGAGCAGGAGGAGGCGCAGAUCAUCACGACCGCCGUGGAUGGUGGGAGGCCGCUGGCCCUGACGACAGUGGCUGCUGCAUCGAAACCUGUGACGGGGCUGAUGGCGUGCGGUGUGGAGGCGUACCACCAUUGUGAUGUCGUGUGGUCUGUGCGCAACCGCGUCGCGGCAGUGGAGAAGACAUACUCGCUGCGGCGAUGCCAGCGGCCACCGGACGUCGUCUUUCACGAAAAUGACGAUCACCAGCGCAUCUCGCACCCGCACGCGAAUGUGUUUGCGUUGCCCUCACUGACUGAGGUCGCCUACACUCGCGUCAACGCCUCGGUCUUGGCGUCUCUAGGUGCCGCAUCUGCGUCAGCGGACGCGGCUGAGGUCGUCAGUCGCCACCGCCGCCAUCGCCGUGUGAUACCCAUUGCCGGCUUUGCAGCGGACAUUGGGUACUCCUUCGACUACACAGGUGAGCAGAACUACUUCGAGAUGGACCUGCGCCCUGUUGAGGAUGCGGUUGCUCACCAGCUCUGGAACACGCAGCACGAUUACGUGGCGGGCGAUGACGGGCCAAUGGUGUUGCGCAGGCGGGACGGGAUGAGCGUGCGGGAGGAACAGGGGGACACGCCGAUAGGCAGUGCCGGCACCGAGGAGUUGGGUGUCGACGCCGCCACAAGCGACAGCGAGACUGUAGAGGCCGAGGGAUCGUUCUGGAGUGAGCACCACGCGGGCAAGGCGUCCAACUCACGUGAGGCGUCCGCGUCGCCGGCAGAGCGUGCUGCCGAACUGGCGGAGCAACGAGCACGCCGCCGUCGCCGCCGCCAGCUCGAUGAGCAGCUUGACACCAAGCUAGCAGGGACAUACAUACUUGUGCACGAGGCAGAGACGCGCCGGCUGCGAAUCGAGGGCGUGGGCAACGCAUCGCUGUUCUUGAUGGACUACGUCGUGCGGGGCUCGCCUGCGGGGCUGAGCGCCGAAGUAGAGGCUGAGAAGCAUGAGUUUGUGCGGCGUGACAUGUGCGUGGAGAAGUCGGGCUCCGCUGCCGUUCUCGCUGUCAACCCCCGCGGCGUCGUUCGCGAGGACGAGCGCUACGGCACGGUGUUGCCGCCACCGCUGCCCCCUGCCGUAGCCGUCUUGCCCUUCUGCGCCCCGCAGUACACCUUCGCCCGCUACCCAGAGCUGUUCUCCGUGUACGGUUACGAACUCACGUGGGCGUGCCCUGACACGGCGGUCAUGACGGUCGAGAAGCACCACCCGACGCACUCGGUCUUUUAUCACACUCCGGAGCGCUACGGCAGGGCCGCGGCGGCGCCGCCGGCGCAUGCCAGCGAGGCGCUCUGCCAGCUGACCGUCGCUAACCACAUCACACACACAGAGCAGAGUGACUGGUUUCUAGUAAAGCGUGUGUAUCCGAGUCCGCUACCGGCCACGGCCCUUGUCGUGCUCAGUCACAACGCAGCCGGUUCGCUGCAGGUGGUGCCGCCGCCGGCGUCGGCAACGCCAAAGUCUCGGCCGAGCCGCACUAGCAGCAGCGCCGGUACAUCGAGUAGAAGCGACGCGGCACGGCAGCAGGCCGCCGCUGCACUGCCUGUCAUCAUCACCAUGGAAAAGCUUUACACUGCACCUGUCAACACGUAUCCCUUCGCCAGGGCGCGGCGCAUUGUCGGCAAGAGCGCCGUCCUGCACGUGGACGCCCCAUCAGACCCGGUCGUGGCGCGGUGGGCUGUCACGAGCGUUGUCCCGGCCGCUUCCAUCACCGUCGGGUCGCAGGUGCUCAUGGACAGCGUCGAGUUUCAGCCGCUGCCCCUUCACCCGGCCGCCGUGGCCCGCGGCAGAGGCGGCUCGACGGCUCUCAUCAAGGGGCUGCAUACGCCAGGGCUCUACACGAUCACGCACUCUCUGCCGGAUCCUGAGAACCCGACCGCGUGCCCGCCGGUGGUUCUUACGGAGAUGCUCGACGUGUUCCACGCGCAGGUGGUGGAGAAGGAGUUGUACGUGUGCGGCGACACCGCGGCACUGCAGGCUGUGCCCAUCCCGCGCGAGAUCGCACAUGAGUUUGUUGGCCAGUGGGAGGUGGUGUCGCUGGCGACGGAUGAGAAAACGACGUGGACGGCGGACGCAAACUUUACGGGAAUUCACUUCGAUCGCGGCACGCAGGCGGAGACGCUAGUGCGUGGCCUGCCGUUCGGCGUCGUGACAGUGCGCUGGGCCGUCUACCGGCUUCGCCCGUUAUCCGCGGAUGCCGCCUUCCCACUGUCAUCUUCGACCGCCUCAGGUGAGCACGUGAGCGGUGUUGGCGCGAGCGAGCACGCGGCGUCAGGGGCAUCCGAGGCGCAGCAUCUCGGCCUCGUCGACUACGACACAGUGGAGGUGUUUGUCCUGACAGAGAAUUUGCCUUCACGUCGCCUUGUGACUCUGGCUGAUCGCGCGACGAUCCUGACGACGUCCUCGACACAGAACUGGCGCUUGGAGGCGGAGAUGACGGGCCCCGGUGCGACUGCGGCUGUGGAUGGGGUGACACGGGCGCGCAUGAGUCUGCACAGCAUCCACAACUACAGCAACGGCGAAGCGGCGGCCUUUUUUUCCCCCUCCGACGGCUCUACCGCGGACAGCGCCGCGCAUGCGGCGUUCCACACCUACUUUGGUCUGCAUCCUCGCCCUGGUAGUGGGGUGCUCGUGCUGGAACAGCUCCCUGUUGGCACGGUGUACCUCCACUACGACCUCGUGCCGUCUCGCAGCAUCUUUGGUCGGAUGGAGGGGCAUACGUGCACGUUGAAGGGCCACUACGAGGUGGAGCGCGUCUCCGCCUACCUGACCGCAGCAACCUCCAUGGACCAUGAGUGCGACGGCUACACCGGCGAGGGGCGCAUCACGCUGUGCUUGCACACGGAGGGAGCACCGACAAGGGAACAGGACGGUUUGAAGGGGAGCUCGCGAAAACCCCCUGUGCUGCCUCCGCAGACGAAGCGGCAGUCACAGUCGUCUCGCGAAGACGUGCAGUUUUGGCAGAGCCAGGUGCGCCUUAUCGACCCUGUGGCGCUGGAGGACACCGUCAAGCGCGGUGCGCGCGAGGUGGAGCGGCUCAGCGGUGGGCGGUGCGCGACGCCGUGGUGGGUGUCACCGACGACACAGUGGUUCAACCCAUCCUAUACCUCAGCGAGUACUGCCUCCUUGCCAGGUCGGUGCAUAUCAUUCACAGUCAAGGCAGGCCGUCACCUGUCAGCGCGCGAGGUGUCGCAACCGCUGUUCGUGGCAGUGCCGCGGCCUUCUUCGCCGUCCACACCGACGUUGGUUGUGGCCUCCGGCAUGUACGCGGAUCGGGUGGGAGACGGCAGUGUUGCAGGUGGUGCAAUGCAUGCCAUUGGUGUGUGCCCCUUCCACGGCGACUUCAUCUCCACCCGCAUCAUCGAUGGCGCGCCGGGCACUGAGGCGGGUGUCGCCGCCGGCACUAGCGCCGGACGCGGGAGAAAGAGGGGGAGCGGGCAGGACGGCGCCGACGCUGCGACAUCGCGCUUUGGCCUCUCGCAGCUGUUUCAGCUUGGGCUGCCGCACACCUUGGGCGAUGCGGCUUUUACCUUUGCUUCUACGUUGCUGGGCCGUGAUGGCAGUGGGGAGGGAGACGACGGCAGCGACGAGGGCGGCGUAUGGGGUAUUCGCUAUCUGCCGGUGCUCCAACCGGCGACACUGCGGCGCGCCAACGCGACGAUGCGGCCGAUGGUGGGGUUGCGCGGGGUGCAGGAUGAAGUGACGUACGAGGUGAACAUUAGCGGCCGAACUGAGACCUUUGGCAUGCCGGCGCAGGACUCACCGAAGCAGGCGUCAGAGGCCACAGUGCUGCUGCGGCUUGACCUUAGCCACCCGAGCCAACUUGGCGGCUUCAUCGUCUCUGCGUCUGCGGCAACGGCGCUGAAUGCGGCGUGGAGGCCAGGGAUGGCGACCGUGCCCGGUGAAGAGGCGCAUGACGCCAGCCAAGGUCAAGCCGACACGACCUCCAGCAGGAGCAGACCUGCGCCGACGACGGGGGGUCCGCACCACAGCUUGCUCCACAAGUGUGUAGACGGCACCGUGCGCGGUGCCGACGUGCUGCAGUACUGGACCGAGACGAACCGCCCCGACGGCCGCGUCGACCGCACGGCGCAGGAGUGGCUAGACUACGCCUUCGCCGUGCGUGACGCCACUGUGCCAUGCGACGUGCUCUUCGGCUCGCUGGAUCACCUCAUCUCCGAGGCGCACGGCGACGGCUCCACAGCAGCAGCAUCGGCUUCUCCGUCUGCUAGCGGCGGCUGGCACUCCAGGCGCGCGCAAAGAGGGCGACAAGGCACUGCACUGCGCCAAGGGGCGUCGCCUUUACACCAGCGGCAGCAGUACAUAUCACUUGCCGAAAUGGAGCGACAGGUGGAGCGCAUUCGCCGCCAAUGGAAGUGGACCGCCGACGGCAUUGACGUCACUGGGCUGCCGGCCGAUCUGCAGCACGCCUUGAGCCGCCGCCGUGUGACGUCGACGCAGCUGCGCGCGAUCGAGGCGACGAGGAAGGCGCGGCGGGAGGCGGAGGAGGCCGCACUAGCGGAGGCGACACGACAGCAGCAGCACCAGCGCGAGCUGCAGAACGCGCCGUCGCACAUGUCACCGGCAGAGCGGCUCGAGAAGGCACUUCGGGCCUACCAAGGUGUCGCGCGGGGCAGCGAGGUGGCGGUGCUGCGCAUACGUCUGCCACUCAAGGAGUCCUUUGCCGUUCCUUAUGACGUCUACCUGCGAACAGCACUGCACAAGGAUGUUCUAUGCGGCACCGCCAUCGAUCCACCGCCUGUCAUCACUGGUCCGACGGUGCAGCCGACUGUGAGGAACCCGCAUUCACUCGUGCCGCUCGGCCGUGUGGAGGUGCGCGACAUGGCACCGGUGCUGUCGGCGUACCCGCCGGUGGUGAAGCAAUGCGAGGUGGAGGGUGGCAUGCCGGUGCUGACGUUCGAGCUUACUGGGGCCAACUUUGCCCAGACCGCUUUUUCGGCCGACGCGGUGAAGCUGGAGGAGAUCCCGAAUCCUGCCUUGGCAAAAGCAGAGCACGGUGCGCCGAAUCACCCCGAUGUGGGGCUCACCGCGUGUAUUGAGCAGAUGCGGCGAGGCCUGAAGGCCGCGGUGGAAGCCGGGUCUCGCAAGCGGCUAUAUCUGCAGCUGCGCGCAUGCCCGGCCUUUAAGAUGCUAACCCCAGAGGAGUACAACGAGCACCAGAACAGCGACGCACUGCUGCGGCGUCUGCAGCUCCCGCGUUACUUGCGCGUGACCGUGCGUGAUGCGAUUUACCCUGAUAGCUUUCUGACGCCGUCGUCGCGAACAGCGGGCAGCGGCGCGUCAAACGCGUCGGUGUGGCAGUGGAUGCCCGGGCGCAAGCUGCCCACGAGUGUCGCAGCCACCUCCACCGACGCGAGCUUUGUUGUGGAGGUCCGCCCAACGUUGGCGCGGCUGCACUUGCGCUCCUCUGCUGCUAUGACGCUGCCUGACGCAGCCGCCCAAGGCGGAGCCGGCAGCGGGCGUCGCAAGGGGGAGAGCGGCAGGUGGUGGGGUGGCGGCGGUAGCACUGCUGGAUCAUCGAAACCCGACCCUGCGGCGACGGCGGCGGCGCCCGAGAUGGCGCAGCCGACUGGACCGUCCUUCGACCCGACCCCGGCUCGCCCGCUCCUCUUGUGUGAGGCGGAUCUCCGACGCUAUGGUUUCCAGCUCGGGAUCGAGCUUAUUGGCGACACAUGGACACCAGCGGUCGGCGAGGGCGGCCCCAGUGCCGACAUCUUUGGGAAAACUGCCGCCGAUGACGGCACUAUUGUUCUCGAUGAUCACCAGCGCCAGGCAGACUUGCCGCGACAUCGAGCCCCACCGAACGUGGCGCUUGUCAACAGUUUCAGCGUUGUGGAGCAUCACAGCCUCGACAGCAGCCAUCACCUGUACAUGAAGGGGGGUGGGGUGUACCGAUCACACUUUAUCAACUACCUCUUCUCGGAGCUGCUAAGCAAUCCAGCCGUCCUGCAGGAGCACCGUUUUGUGUACCGCUACAACGACACCUUCGCCGGCAUAACGAUGCCGCCACUCUCUGCCAACCCCGAAGCGGCGACUUCGCGUCGAGCUCAUCGUGAUGGUGGGUGGCUCAGCGGACAUCCGCGUGACGCGGGAGCUGCGGAGGCCGAGGAAUACAGCAAGCUGCACGCGGCCCAGGUGCGGCGAGGUGCAUCAAAUCAUCGAUCGACUGGCGGUAGCGCCGGUGCCGCGACGGCGCCGGCAACCGGCAGUGGCAGGGCGACCGCCGCAACGUUUUCGAGCGCCUUUCCCGCCGUGCGGGAGUUCUGCAAAGUCGAGGAGAUCCUCUUUGCCGUUCCCGGCAUCGCCACCGAGUGCAGGGGGUGCCUACUGGCCGACACCACCUUUUAUGUGGCGGGCGAUCUGACGGGCAUGUGGACUGCAUCGCCUCGCUCUGGUACUGCCUCUGCUGCUACGGACACGAUAUCCGCAAUGGUGUCGGCGGCUAGCACCGCAAUCAGCGGCACGCCUGCGAGCGAGGCGACCAUGGCACUUGUCAGCUGGACCGGCGAAGCCUACACCCGUCCGCUCCUUCUACCGUGGGACAGCGUCACGCGUGUGCCGCGGCGCUGGCAGUUCGACUGGCUCUGCCCCGCCGCCGCCCACCGCGCGCUUGAACGCCUUGCCUUGCAGCUCAGCGGCAGCAGCGAUGGUGCAGCGCUCUCCAUUGUCAUGGAUGUCGUUCUGUAUCGCGUUCGCGGCGUCGAUGGCGAGGCACUGCCGGCGGCGCAGCGACCGAUGGUGCUGCUUUCGAGUACCCCGGCUGAGCUGGCCGAUGUGCUGCGGCAGAACCACGCGCACACUCGCCGCGUCGGCGCCAGUGCUGGGCAGACGACGCUCGCUGCUCCGCUUGUCCUCAGCGUGAACCAGACGGCCGUAGAUGCGGCUUACACGCAGCUCGCCGCUGACACGCUGCGACGCCGCCGACAUGCCCAGACGACGCUCGAGUACCACCGAGACGACCGCUACGCUGGUGGGCAGCUGGUCGUGAAUGCGUCCGUGUUCUUGAAGGUGUGCACAAACGGGGCAAGCGAGGUUGGCGACAGCGCAGCGUCGUGCAUGAUCGUCUCCAUCACCGAUGCUCUCCUGACAGUGGAGGCGCCAAGAGUGGUCGUGCCAUCUGCCUCGUGGAUGCGACGGCUGUUCGGACGCGGCGGCGAGCGCAUAGGCGCUGGCAGCACGGCAAGGGAUGCAGGCAGCGAAGCGGCACCGUCGCCGGUGUCGCCUGCGGUGCUGGUCUACCAUGUCUUUAUGGCCUUCCUCGUGCAUGAGCUUCUGCCCUUGCUCGGCAUCGUCGUCGUUGUGGCGCCGCCGGGCACUGCUUCCGCGCUGUCGGACUCCCUCCUGGAGGACCAGCGCCGCGCUCACGUGGCCUUCACCAUCAUGGCUUUCCUGUCCUUUUUCUUUGUUCACGCGUACGGGCCACCGAUGGUGUGGCUGGGGUUCUCGAUGGCGGUGUGGUGUCUCUCUCUGUACUAUAGCCGCCGUGCUGAGCUUGUUCUAGUGUUUGUCGCCUCGGUUGUCUACACGCAUUACCUCAUGUGA